CCCUGUUCUACACCUACUUAAAACCAAUACUUACUAGUAAACUAAACACGUGGGGCACUUGUAUUUGCCCUCGUCUUUGCAAAUAACGCAUGAUUUUUCCAUUUGCAUUUCUAAUAAAGCAUGUCGGUAAAGUAGGAUGCGAUAACGAGUAACGGCGGGGACUAGAUGGCACCGGUGUGGCUAUUUGGCGUCGCGACGCCGCGUUGUUGCUAUAGCGACGCGUGAUUUGGUAGGGGUGCAAGCGUCGCGACGCUGCUUUCCCAAAAUCCAAACAGUUGCCGCGAUUUCGUCGAAAGAAGCGCGUGGUGGUGCCGGUGGCGACAUCUCGACGACGCGUCGAAAAUUACCAACGGACGUUUUUUCUCAAAAUUGUUAUAAUUUGACUGUUUUUCUAAUUUUGCGUUUGGCUUUCCACUACGGGCAUUUAAUUCCAGCUGCUUGCGGGUUCCGCUGAACUAUGACCGUUCCAAAGAAAAACUAUGGCCACUUUCAAUAAUUUCCCGGAAGAGGGUCGUCCGCCGGACUCGCCGUCCCGGAAAUACACCCGGAAACAUUACCCGCGGCGAAAUAACUCGUGGAGUCACCCCAAUAGCUUAAUCUGUCCUGACAAUGGCAUUAAUAAUAAUUUAUUGGUGGAUAUCAAUCGCAAUUCGGGCGAUAAAAAGAGCCACAGUCUCAAAAACAAACUGUUUUGUAUAAAGAAGCCCCUCGACGAGGAUAAAAACAGUUUGAAUAUCCUCAAUGUAAAGGCGUUGAGUGAAUCAAGUGCCUCGAAAAGCGUUUGUGAUAAUGACCCGUCGUGUUCCCGAGAUAGGAACAGGAAUUCGUUCCAUCAGGAUGUGGAGGAGGCUCUGAGUUCGCUGUUAUGGCAGCCGUACGAGUACCAGAAUUGCAGUUCUUGCAGCAGUAGUGUAACGUUAAGCGACCUUGAUGAGUCUCCAAACAAAGGCCCUUUACACUCAUCAGACCUAAAUCUUCGUACCGAAAUGGUGAACAACCUGAAGCUGUCGACGCACCAAUGCCGGCCCGGCAAGCGGUCACGUGACGCGUUCUCUUGUUAUGCCACAAGUAGGUUGAACAGUCAAGCCAGUUUACUGGAGUUGUUCGACGGUGGUACCGUGACGUGUAUCGGUGAUAGUGCCAGUGAUUGUGAUGUGUUGCCCUGUAAAAACAGUGAUAUGCAACUGGAAGUCACGGAACCCGACCCUGGUACCAUCACCAACGUGUUGAACAUCCCCACGGGUACCAAUGGGUUGACCCUCUUCCAGAACCAGAACUCGCUGAGUAGUGCCAAUGUCGUGGGUUUGCCUGAGAAUCCGCGACGAGCGUCGGUACCAUCGCGGAACCUCCAAGUGUUCCCCAACCAUCCUCGCAAUGGUUCCGAACCUGCCCGCACCCCCGACCCCAUAACCCACCUCCGGAGCGCAUCGGUACCCAAACAAAUGCCCAACGUCAGUAACAUCAACGUGAAUUUUUACCGAGCAGUACCCGUAAAUGUCGUGUCUUCGGUACCCACCAUCCAAUGCCUCAACACUCUCGAAGGCAAUAAUGUUUCCAACGUCCAGAUCAUGCCGUUGGGUUCCGCAGCUGUGACCGGAACCACUCAAGUCACGGUACACAACCCGACCUCCGUCAACGUGGUCCAACCACCGCGGAACCCACCGCGAACCUUUACCUCAACUGAGGCCCAAACGGACGAAAUCUCCGUUUGUCCACCUUCAGACACGACGACGACGCGAGAGCAGAGACGGAAAGAACGUCGGGAACGGCGCCACCAAAGACGAACCAACGGUACCAAUCAUCGACAUACGGUCGACAGUGGUACCCAAGCUAAUACUUUACAAAAUGAAAGGCUUCCGGAUUUGCUCAACAGUCAUAUGCCGCCUCCCUAUUCACCCUUACCGAACAACGUGCCGCCCCCAAAUGUGGUACUACCGAACCCUAUGAUGGUACCACCACCGCAUCUGCAAAGUGUUGUACCUAACAAUGUAGUGCCUAGUGGUUUAGUGGCGUUUCCGCCCCCGCAAGUCGUGGGGGGGCAAGGCCCGGUGGCGGUUCCCGUACCACCGCCCUCGGGAUUUAGGUUUCCGUUUCCGGCAGGGGGAUUCAGAAGAGGCCGCUUCUCCGAGGAACCCCCCAAAGGCUGUUGCGGCUUGUUGGCAUGGAAACCUGGUUCUUUGCGAUGGUUCAUAGCGGUGAUCGCUUUGGUGGCCGUCUGUUGUGUUUUGGUUGGUACAGCCCUCGGUGCCAUGAGACCCGCAGGACGGGACCAUCUCACAGUAUCACUCCUCAUGAUAGGUGUGGGCAUCGUCUUGGUGACGGUCAGUGGCGUGGCCUGGAGACUCACUUCGCACGAUUCAUCAACUUGUCGCUCGAUGCUCGGAUUGGGGUCCACCGAAUCCGUUGAUGUUUGCACAAGACGUUUUGUUCCUCGACUGCCGCCGUCGUACGGCCGUCCCCAUCACCCCUACGCCGCUAUGAUGUAUCCAGAGUUCCAGUAUCGGCCACCGCCCCCUAGCUAUCAAGCCUCGAUGCAAGAAUAUAGACUGAGACUUUUACUUUUGGACAGGGGCAACACUCCACAGAUCCAGGCAGGGAUUCAAAACGCUGUCUCUCCACCGCCGACGUAUCGCAGCCAUGCGGGUAGUCUACUUAGGGCUCCCUUGUCGAGUCGGAGAGAUGCGGCCCAGUCGGAGUACAGUUGCCCGCCCUCGUACCGGUCACAAACCAGUACGAAUCGGCCUGGGACUCUUCAGAAUUCGGUUUUGCAUAGUCGCGAACAAAGCUUAAGCUUGUCGGAAUCGAAUCAUGAAGAAUCGGUCAACGUUGUGAACAUUUUGGGUAGUACUGAAGAAGAUAUGGCUUUAGAUAAUAUAACUUUAGAUUCGUUGAAAAUGGAACCAGAAAGUGAUAUUAAUCCGUUAAGAAUGCUUCUUAAAGGCAGUUCUAGUGAUCUUGAAGGUAGCAAAGACGGGAAUUUGGUCACAAUUGUGCAAACUAGUGACCAAAGUCCCGUCAUUGUUACAGUGAGUGGAAGCUCACAAAUCGAAGGCAAUACAAUGCAAAUACCAUCCGAAAUGGAAAUCCUGGCGCAUUUAUAGUCAAAAUUCUCAAAACUCAUUCCUUAAGGUUAGUGUACAUCCAGUUAUGUAUCACUUUGUAUUAUAAUUAUGCGAUGAAAUGUGCCUAUAUUGUGUAGAUAGUCUAUAAAUAGCAUUCUGUAUAUUAUUAUUAUUAUAUUUUAAACUGUAUAAAAGUAAAUUUUUAAUAAGAAUUGUUAAACGGU